CAGAGCUUGUUGGGAACACUCACGCUGAUGUCAAGGUACGUCACCGGCGUAUGACGUGCGCACGCCGAAACAGGAGACCGGAAGCUGCUGCUAGAGCGAAAUGCUAUUGAAUACUGGCCAGUCAGUUUUGUUGCUCUGGUAGCGUGCGGAGAGUUCUGCUGGUAAAGCAUGGGGGAAACGGCGCUGCGGGUAUUGACCUGUGGUGACGUGUAUGGCAGAUUUGAUGUGUUGUUCAAUCGGGUCCGAGUUAUUCAAAAGAAGAGUGGCCAGUUUGAUAUGUUACUUUGUGUUGGGAGUUUUUUUGGUACGAGUCCAGAGAGCCAAACACUCUGGGAAGAAUACAAGUCUGGAGCAAAGAAAGCACCUAUUCAGACCUAUGUCCUAGGAGCCAAUAAUCAAGAAACUGUAAAACAUUUUAAGGAUGUGGAUGGCUGUGAACUGGCUGCUAAUAUUACCUAUUUGGGUCGCAAGGGAUUGUUUACAGGGGCAUCAGGGUUGCAAAUUGCAUAUUUAAGUGGCAUUGAGUCCAGUAGUGAGCCAGCCCCUGCAUAUUGCUUUACUGCCAAGGAUGUUACAUCUCUAAAGAUGUCUCUGACAUCAAAUUCAAAGUUCAAAGGUGUGGAUAUAUUACUGACAUCCACAUGGCCCAAGGAGGUGUCGAAUUAUGGCAAUGCUCUGCCUAAUGAAGCCUCAAAAAAAUGCGGGUCUGCACUGAUCUCCAAUUUAGCAUUUACCUUAAGGCCCAGAUAUCAUUUUGCAGCACUAGAGGGUGAAAAUUAUGAGAGACUUCCGUACAGAAAUCAUUUAGUCCUGCAGGAAAAUGCCCAGCAUGUAAGUCGCUUUAUAUCCUUGGCAAGUGCUGGCAACUUAGAGAAGAAAAAGUAUAUUUAUGCCUUUAAUAUUGUGCCAAUGAGUUUGAUGGAUAUAGCAGAACUUGUUAAACAGCCAUUAGAUGUCACUGAAAACCCUUACAGAAAGUCUGAUAAAGAACCCCAGUGGAGCAAAGGAAAUAAAUCCACAGAGGAGGAAGAGGCCACACAGCAAUUCUUCUUUGACUUAAAUAAGCCACAAGGUAAAAAGCGUCACACAGAUGGGAAGGGAGGACAGUGGUCACAGGCAAAGCAACCCAGGCAACACCCUCAGCCAACAGACCCAUGCUGGUUUUGUCUUGCUAGCCCUGAAGUGGAAAAACAUCUUGUGGUCAGCAUUGGUGAUCAUUGUUAUGUUGCUCUUGCCAAAGGAGGCUUAACGUCGGAUCAUGUUCUGAUUUUACCAAUAGGCCAUUACAAGGCAACUGUUGAUCUUUCACCUGAUGUGGUUAAGGAAGUGGAACUGUACAAGGCUGCACUGAAGAAGUUUUUCAAGACAAAAGCAAAAAGAUAUGUGCUGUUUGAAAGAAAUUACAAAAGUCAACAUUUACAGUUACAAGUUGUACCCCUUCCACUUAGCUGUUGCACUACAGAAGACAUAAAGGAAACAUUUAUCGUGCAAGCACAGGAGCAGGGAAUGGAACUGUUAGAAAUCCCAGUGCACUCUGACAUAAAACAAAUUGCACAGCCAGGGACUCCUUACUUUUAUGUUGAAUUGGACAACGGUGAAAAACUUUUUCACAGAAUUAAGAAAAACUUUCCUUUGCAGUUUGGAAGGGAAGUAUUGGCUAGCGAAGCAAUUUUAAAUAUUCCCACUCGAGCUGACUGGAGGGACUGCAAAUCAAGCCGAGCAGAAGAGGAAGACCUCACCAAAACUUUCAGAGAUGCCUUUGAGCCAUUUGACUUAACAUUGGAGGACUAAACAAAGGAUUUAUAGUGUGAGGGAUAGGCUUUUGUAUUUUUGUCACAGUGGUCAAUUUUCAGUAAACUAUUAAUAUAAAGAUGGGUGGUUUAACAAACUGGCAUCCAUAUUCUAAGUGUCUUUUACCUAGAAAGAAGCGAAAAUGUAUAGUUUAGUAGCUGAAGGAGCGGAAAAGGUGUAAAUAAAAGUGCUUGUGUUUAGGUUAAACAGUCUCUGUAUUUUAUCCCCUUUCUCAAAGGAUAAAGGUCUAUUUUGGUUGAGUUUGUUAGGUUUGCAGUUUCACAUCGGCACAUCUGUCCAUGAGGAUCAUUUAUAACCAUUAUGGCAAUCAAUCAGUGAUUAGCUUUUUUUCACCCAGCUGCAGGUAGAACAAUGAAUGCAAAGUGUUUAUAAAUAAGCCCCACAGUGUAAAUCCUAGCACAAAACCUACCAAACCCACAGUCAUUUUAUUUAGGGGCAUUUUCUGUAUUGUAACUUUUGUUAGUGACAAAUUAUUCUAUUUUUUUUUCUUUAUAACUAUUGUAUUUUUUGUACACAAAGUUACAGUCCCAUUUUUAUCUGGUUCCUUUUUCCGGAACUACUUUUAAAACAUUUUCAAUAAAGAUUUUAGAACCAUA